CGAAGGGUUGAAAGAAAAGAGAAGAUUUUGGGGCUGGGGUUAAGUGGCGUGGAAGAGGACAACAAAAGUGGGAAUAUUAAAAUGAGUGGAUUGAUUGCUAUCAAGCUCCAAUAAGUAGAGAAAGAGAAAGAAAGAGUGUGGCGCUCGACAGAAAGCAGUGAUAUCCGAGCCCCUAAAACCUCCAUUGCACCAGUAGACCACUUUCUUGGGUUCUUCCUCGAUUUGAUCGUUCCUUUCUUUCUCUCACUUUGCUUCUCUACAAAACUUUCCCUUUCUCUCUCUUUUCUUUGCAGUAAUGGCAGUGCAUCAGUGCCAGUGCGAGAAAAGAGGGAGGGAGUUUUCAUCGGGAAGGUAAAGCUUUACCUCAGUGCCUCAAAGAUGACACAUUUCUUGAGCAACAGCCUCUUCUUCUAUAUCUGAGAACUCUCUUCUCACCCCGCGUGCGCUCUGCUAUUCCGCUGGAAAGCGCUCUCUCCCCCGCCCUUUUUUUCUCCUCGCGAACAGAAUUCAUAGAGAGAGGUAGUCUGUGCGUUCCUGGAGAGAGUUAAUGCUUUUUAAGACCAGAAAGAUGAACACCCAUUUCCCAAAGGAAAUCUGAGCAGUCUUUGGCAGAACAGGCAAGAGUGUAAAACCCACAAAGAUAACAUAACUGACUCACUUCUUACUUCGACUACUACAACUACUACUAUCCCUAUUUAGGAUUUCCUGUGAAAAGGCUGUUUGUUGUAGCAUAAAUCUCGGGAGAGCACUGCUGAUACAAUACCAACAAUCUUUAGAGCAAAAGAUCGCGUAGGAGAGAGAAAGAAAGACGAAACAGAAAGAGGGAUGGGUAAAUUUGUUAGUACCACUACUAUAUAGCUAAGCACAAAUGAACAAUUAGGAAAUUAAGGAUAAGACAGUAAGUGUGACAGAGAGAGAUAAUGGAGGGUGGUUCCAAUAGCACUUCUAGUAUGAUGGCUUUUGGAGACAACAGUAAUGGACUAUGUCCUAUGAUGAUGAUGAUGCCUCUCAUGACUUCUCAUCAUCAUCAUCCUCCUCCCCCUCCUAAUGCAGACUCAUCAUCAAAUACCUUAUUCCUUCCUCUCCCUCCCACAAACAAUCAAGACCAUAACCGUAGUAGUGGUGGUGGCACUUCUACAAUUCUUGAUAAUCACAACAACAGCAGCAACAACGGCUGUUAUUUCAUGGACAACAACGAUGGCAACACUGCUUCUGUCAAGGCUAAGAUCAUGGCUCAUCCUCACUAUCACCGACUCUUGGCUGCAUAUAUCAACUGCCAAAAGGUUGGAGCACCAUCUGAAGUGGUGGCUAGAUUAGAAGAAGCCUGUGCAUCUGCAGCAGCAAUGGGUCCAACUGGUACGAGUUGUAUUGGUGAAGAUCCAGGCCUUGACCAGUUCAUGGAGGCUUACUGUGAGAUGCUGACCAAGUAUGAGCAAGAGCUAUCAAAGCCCUUGAAGGAAGCCAUGCUUUUCCUCCAGAGGGUCGAGUGUCAAUUCAAAGCCCUCACUGUUUCCUCUCCAAAUUCUGCUUGUGGUGAGGCCAAUGAAAGGAAUGGAUCAUCUGAAGAAGAAGUUGAUGUGAACAACAACUUCAUAGAUCCCCAGGCUGAAGAUCAGGAACUGAAAGGUCAGCUACUGCGCAGGUACAGUGGAUAUUUGGGCAGCCUAAAGCAGGAGUUCAUGAAAAAGAGGAAGAAGGGGAAAUUACCUAAAGAAGCAAGGCAGCAGUUACUGGAUUGGUGGAGCAGACAUUACAAAUGGCCUUAUCCAUCGGAAUCACAAAAGCUAGCCUUAGCAGAAUCUACUGGUCUGGAUCAGAAGCAAAUUAAUAACUGGUUCAUUAACCAAAGGAAGCGACACUGGAAACCAUCUGAGGAUAUGCAGUUUGUGGUGAUGGAUGCUACCCAUUCUCACUAUUACAUGGAUAAUGUUCUCGGUAAUCCAUUCCCAAUGGAUAUCUCUCCCACGCUUCUCUGAAGAUGACCAAAUAUGUUUAGGGGUCCUUGUUGUUGGAAUGCAAGUGUAUUUGUAACUGUAUCGCCGUUGGACUUGGAAUUAUGGUCUGAACUGUAUGCUUCUGAAGGCUAUUAAAUGUAACUGAAUGUUGAACCAGUCGCUCUCUUAUUUAUGUAAUUUUUGUAUCGUCUUUAACUGA